AUGAGCGCCUACGAGCCGUCCGGUCGUCCAAGCUCACGCGCCGCUACGACGACUGCUGCUUCCGAAGUUCUGCAGAAUUCCACAGCCGCCACGUUUAACCCAACAGUACCAUCCAUAAGAGAUGCAGUAGAACAGCCACAGCACUACGGUGACCAGCACCAUCACCACCACCACCGCAGUGGCACGGGCUUUCGCAGCGAGCAUGGUCAUCAUCUGCACUCCAUUGCACCACUGGGUGCCCACAGCGGUGCCAGUGUGGUCGCGUUCUUCAGCGGUCUCUUUCAGACCAUUCUUGCGAUCAGCACUCUCGGUGCGAGUGUCACGUUCAACUUCGUUCUGUCGAAUGCUCCUGGUGAUUCGCAACCAAAUUCAACAUUCAGUCAGGCUACUGUACAGCUCUUCCUCAGUCUGUCCUGGCUACUGUACAUCCUAGCAUUGGCAGUGGCAGCCACGGGCAGCACGUUGCUGACAUUCUUCAAGAGUCACUGGCAGCAAGAUUGGGAUGGCGUGAAGGGUCGCACGUCUCAGGUCACCGUACACUGGUAUGCCGUAUCGAUCAGCGCCUUGAUGGGAAUGCUUGUGAUUGGAGCAUUCGUACUGUUGUGUUUGGUGGUAGUUGCCUACAGUAAAGUGGUAGGAUGGAUAGCACUGGGUUUCACUUGUUUCUUCGGUGGCAUUAUUGUGAUGGGAAUUGGGAUGCAGGUACCGUGGCCUUGUAUGGACAGAGGCUCUCAUGCGCCCAACACUCCGCGUGGGAUCGACGAGAAACAGGCUAGAGAAGACAGCGCCGUAACAGUCUAG